CACGACGCCAGCUUCAGUUGUUUAUUCGAAGCCCUAUUACUUGUCACUGUAUCUGACCGUCAAGAGAGGCAUUUUCAAGAUGGCGGAAGGAAUCGACCGACGCGCAGAUGAGCGAAUGGAGUUCACGACCUCGAAGGAGGUCACAGUUGCGCCUACCUUCGAGGAUAUGCACCUGAAGGAAAGCCUUCUGCGUGGUAUCUAUGCGUAUGGCUAUGAGUCGCCUUCGGCCGUUCAGUCCCGUGCCAUUGUGCAGAUCUGCAAAGGUCGCGACACGAUCGCGCAGGCACAGUCUGGUACCGGUAAAACGGCCACUUUUUCGAUCAGUAUUCUCCAGGUCAUUGAUACUGCUGUGCGCGAAUCACAGGCUCUUGUCCUGUCCCCCACCCGCGAACUUGCGACCCAGAUCCAGUCCGUCAUCAUGGCCCUUGGUGACUAUAUGAAUGUACAAUGCCACGCUUGCAUUGGAGGUACGAAUAUUGGCGAGGAUAUUCGCAAGCUGGACUACGGCCAGCAUGUGGUUUCCGGUACGCCUGGUCGAGUUGCAGAUAUGAUCCGCCGUCGCCACCUCCGCACAAGACACAUCAAGAUGCUGGUUCUCGAUGAAGCCGAUGAGCUCCUGAACCGUGGCUUCCGUGAGCAAAUCUACGACGUCUACAGAUACCUCCCGCCUGCCACCCAAGUGGUGGUGGUUUCUGCCACGCUGCCUUACGAUGUGCUCGACAUGACCACCAAGUUCAUGACUGACCCCGUCCGGGUUCUGGUCAAGCGUGAUGAAUUGACGCUUGAAGGCAUCAAGCAAUACUUCAUCGCAGUCGAGAAGGAAGACUGGAAAUUCGACACUCUGUGCGAUCUCUACGACACAUUGACCAUCACGCAAGCCGUGAUCUUUUGCAACACACGUCGUAAGGUCGACUGGCUGACGGACAAAAUGCGCGAGGCCAACUUCACUGUCUCCAGCAUGCACGGCGAAAUGCCCCAGAAGGAGCGGGACAGCAUUAUGCAGGACUUCCGACAGGGCAACUCGCGAGUACUCAUCUCGACAGACGUGUGGGCGCGUGGAAUCGAUGUGCAGCAGGUCUCGCUAGUGAUCAACUAUGACCUCCCCACCAACCGUGAGAACUACAUCCACAGAAUCGGCCGCAGUGGUCGUUUCGGCAGGAAGGGUGUGGCCAUCAACUUUGUCACUAGCGACGAUGUGCGAAUCCUGCGCGAUAUUGAGCUCUACUACUCUACCCAGAUUGAUGAAAUGCCCAUGAACGUUGCCGAUCUUCUGUCUUAAAUCACCGUCCAAUUAUUUCUCUUUUUUUUGGAUUUCAACUUUCCCGGAAAAGCAAAAGGGCCAUAUCAUCACCCCAUGAUGUGGUCCAAGUCUACCGUACAUUAGCUAUGGCGUUCCAGUGCACAAGAUUCUGCAGACGAAAACAAGGCGUAGGAAACAGGCCACGAGCCACAACACACCACCCUAUCGAUGGAAUGGAGGGGAUACACAAGCGUGGAGGAAAGGGGAUCCAACCAGACUGGUUAGUUCGCCCAUAUCCGAAAUUUGGUAACAGCCAAUAAACGGUUUUGAGACUGAUAUCUUAUGAACUCCUAGCACUCAUGCGAAAUAUUAUGAAAUCUGAUCCUUUCUUGACUACGUCGUACGCC